GGCCAGAGGCUUCCCCAUCCCCGUAACCACAAGCACCCAGAGCACAGCCCAGCAGAACAACUCUAGGUCAGCCUUCUGCCUCUGGCCAUGGCCUGCCCUGGUUGCCUGCCUCUCCUCCUGACUGGAGCCUUCUUGGCAGUCUUCCGGCCAACCCUGACCCAUCCUGACGCACUGCUGGUCUUCCCGGGCCAAGUGGCUCAACUCGGCUGCACAAUCAAUUCCCAGCAUGCCACCAUUGGGGACUUUGGUGUGUCCUGGUAUCAGCAGCGCCCAGGCAGCGCUCCCCAUCUUCUCUACUACUGCUCAGAAGAGGAGCACUAUCGGCCUGAUGACAUUCCGGACAGGUUCUCAGCUACCACGGACGUGGCCCACAAUGUCUGUGUGCUCACCAUCAGCCCUGUGCAGCCGGAGGACGAUGCGGACUACUUUUGUUCCAUUGCCUAUAACUUCGAUCCUUAGGGCUGGGGUAUGGGGUGAACGUCGUCUGUUUGUCCCCUACUUCUGCCCCUGACCUCUGACCUCUCAUUUUCCUCUAAGUCUGGCUUCCCUUCCUCUGCAAUAUGAGUUAAUAACUAACAUUCAACACGCCAACCACAGUCAGGAUGACCACGAGAUCCUGGGAGAAAAAAAAGGGACAAAUUAGAGGACAUGGGAGUCGAGGUUCUGGUGAUGGCUGUCAAAAGAGGAAACACCUGUGACCCUUAGGGAACAGGCCUAGCCCUGUCCCGAUCCCCAGGGGUUUUAGCUUGGUGCCUGACCUCCCAGUGAUCUCAUGAACUGAAGGCAGAGAAAAAGGAACUAACCUUUACCACGUGUCCCCCCUCACCCCCUCAUUCCCCACCCCGCCACCAGCUCCGCCUGGCUGAUUGUGGUCCAACGCUCUCGUUGUUCUUGGGUCCCCAUGGAGUUCAUGCUGACGGCUUGGGGGAGGGGCAGCCCCUGCUUCUCCCCCUGAAGUCUCUGGACAAGUCUCCCCUGAUCCUUGACGGUCAGCCGCAGGUGUUCUCUGAAGGGCCCUGAGGGCCAGGUUCUGAAAGCAGGUAACAGAUCCUGUAGCGUCCCUCCCACUCAGAGACAGUGUGUUCUACUCCUUUCCCACAGAUGGGUAACCACACCUGAGUAGUCAUGGGCAAAGGGGCGGUACAAAUUAACUGCAGGGCAAAUCUUGCUGUUAGAAGCCUAACUGGGUAGGACUGGAGCCUUCAAAAAGAUUUCUGGGUCAGUGUGGUGGCACGUGGCUUUCAUUCCAAUACUCGGGUGGAUUUCUGUGACUUUAAGGCCAGCCUGGUCUACAUAGGGAGUUCCAGACAGCCAAGGGUAGACCUGUGGUUAGACCUUGUCUCAAACCAAAAUAAAAUUCCUGGGCUAGAGGACAUAUCCA